AUGGUUUUCAGAUCGCCGCUCGACUUUUUCUCAGCCUCCCGUCUCCUCUUGCCGCACUUCGUGGAUGGGCCCCCUGUCUUGGCCCGCUCCCGGUCCCCGGAGGACCCUCCCUCCGCCUCUCCUCCUAUGGCUUUCCCGGGACUGUGCUUCUCUGCGGCGCAGAUCGCCAGCGUAUGUGAGACCCUUGAGGAGACCGGAGACAUCGAGCGGCUGGCCCGCUUCCUCUGGUCACUCCCGGUGACCGCAGACGGCCGUGACUCCAUCUCUGAGCACGAGUCCGUGCAGCGGGCUCGCGCCGUGGUGGCCUAUCACACCGGGAGCUUCCGCGAGCUGUAUCACAUCCUGGAGACGCACCGCUUUACGCGCGCCUCGCACGGUAAACUGCAGGCGAUGUGGCUCGAAGCUCACUACCGGGAGGCAGAGAAGCUCCGGGGGCGGCCGCUCGGACCGGUUGACAAAUACCGCGUGAGGAAGAAGUUCCCGUUACCGAGGACCAUCUGGGACGGAGAGCAGAAAACGCACUGUUUCAAGGAGCGCACACGGGGCCUGCUUAGAGAGUGGUACCUGCAGGACCCGUACCCUAACCCUGGCAAGAAGCGGGAGCUGGCGCACGCCACCGGACUGACACCGACUCAGGUUGGGAACUGGUUCAAAAACCGGAGACAGAGAGACCGGGCGGCAGCAGCAAAAAACAGGUUGCAGCACCAUCGGAUGUGUCCAGACAGUGCACGUGCACUUAGUGGAGGAGAGUGCAGUCCAGAUGGGAGCGCAGAGCGCACAGAUGGACAAACCCUUCUCUCAGUAACGGACAGUGACUCUGACUUGGAUGUCUGA